GUCUCAGUCCCUCCCCUUAGCUGUGCCUUGCGCGUGCGCGCCGUACUAUACAGGAGAACACGUGGCUCUUCCGCCAGUGACACCAACACAACACUACGUGGUGACGUCCUAUUACAGUUUAUUUUUGUCCUCACAUAAUUAUUUAUCCUGCACCUUUAAGGGUGACGUCACCCGCUCCCCGCUGCUUUUCCUUAGCGCUGAAAGGUUAGUCUUCUCUCUGGAUUUAAAGGGGCAGUUGCAGCUGCCUGAGGCCUCCUAGGCCUGAAGCUAUCCUCGGUCUUUCCUGAAUGUCUCUGCUCACCAGCUACGGGGGAUGUGUUGCAGGUCCGUGAUCAAAGGUUUUUAUGAGAAGAAUAUAUAAGCUUUAUCAUCAGACGGCAAGGACAUUCUUCCAUCUGUCAACAAAGAUCCCUUCGCACUCUGCUUCUCCCUUACGCCACCACGUCUCUCACCUACCCAGUUUCUUCACUUUUCAUUUAAAUUUUGUUGUACAAAUUACUAGCUGUCACAGCAUGGCAGAGCAGCGUUACUGUGUGGAAUAUGCCAAGCGUGGCACUGCCGGAUGCAAGAAGUGCAAGGAGAAGAUAGCUAAAGGAUUGCUGCGGAUUGGAAAAGUGGUUCCGAAUCCUUUUAGUGAAUCCGCAGGAGACAUGAAGGAGUGGUAUCACGUCAAGUGCAUAUUUGAAAAACUGGAGCGUGCACGGGCAACCACCAAGAAGAUUGAUGACUUGACAGAGCUUGAAGGCUGGCAGGAACUGCAGGACCCUGAGAAAGAGCUGAUUAACCAACAUGUAAAAGAGCUUGCCGCUAAAGUAGGUGCUGCACCAACUCCUCGGAAAAAGACACCAUCAAAGGCAAACCAAUCAGCAGCAGCACAGGGUGCAACUCCCACUAAAACAGCUGCUGCAAGUCCUUCGCCUUUGAAAUUUUCUGGCUUUUCAGCAAAAGCUGACCCAUCAUCGCCUGAACCCAGUUCCAGCAGUGGCUCAAGUCUUUCCACAGCAAAGUGUGAUCCCAAACACAAGGACUGCCUGCUACGUGAGUUCCGCAAGCUGUGUGCCAUGGUAGCGGAACAGCCAAGCUACAAUGCAAAGACGCAGAUCAUCCAAGAUUUCCUGACUAAGGGGACCAGUGGAGAUAGUUUCCAUGGAGAUACGUAUCUUACAGUAAAGCUGCUAUUACCAGGUGUUAUCAAGAAUGUCUAUAACCUCAAUGACAAACAGAUUGUCAAACUCUUCAGUCGUGUGUUUAACUGCAACCUAGAGGAAAUGGUUCGGGACCUGGAGCAGGGAGAUGUGUCUGAGACUGUUCGGAUCUUCUUUGAAGAGAGCAAAUCCUUCUCACCAGCUGCAAAGAGUCUCUUGACAAUCCAUGACGUAGAUGACAUACUGAGCCAGCUCUCCAAAAUGACCAAAGAAGAAGACCAGCAGAAAGUCCUGGAGGAUAUUGCCAGCAGGUGUACCAGCAAUGAUCUUAAGUGCAUCAUUCGUCUGAUCAAGCAUGAUUUAAAGAUGAAUUCUGGAGCCAAACAUGUACUUGAUGCCCUUGAUCCUAACGCAUAUGAUGCUUUUAAAGCUUCCCGUAAUCUGGGGGAUGUUGUAGAGCGUGUUCUGCGCAACCAACAGCAAGCACCAGGGUUAAAACGCACUCUUAGUGUACAGGCUUCGCUUAUGACACCUGUUCAGCCUAUGCUGGCUGAAGCUUGCAAAUCUAUAGAGUAUGCCAUGAAGAAGUGUCCCAACGGCAUGUAUGCUGAGAUAAAGUAUGACGGGGAACGAGUCCAAGUCCAUAAAAAUGGUGAUCACUUCAGCUACUUCAGCCGGAGUCUCAAGCCAGUUCUUCCCCACAAGGUUGCUCAUUUCAAGGAUUAUAUUCCUAAAGCAUUCCCAAGUGGUGACAGUGUUAUUUUGGACUCUGAAGUACUGCUUAUUGACACAAAUACUGGAAAACCACUGCCAUUUGGAACAUUAGGAGUUCACAAGAAAGCUGCUUUCAAGGAUGCCAAUGUCUGCCUCUUUGUCUUUGAUUGCAUAUAUUUUAACGGCGUUAGCUUAAUGGACAGACCAUUGAGUGAGAGACGAAAGUUUAUACGUGACAACAUGGUGGAAAUCCCUAAUCAUAUAAUGUUCUCUGAGAUGAAGCAUGUCACAAAAGCAUCAGAUCUUGCGGACAUGAUCACUCGAGUUAUCCGAGAGGGUUUAGAAGGCCUGGUACUAAAAGAUUUAAAGUCAACCUAUGAGCCUGGGAAGCGUCAUUGGCUAAAGGUGAAGAAAGAUUAUUUGAAUGAAGGUGCUAUGGCAGAUACUGCUGACCUUGCAGUGUUAGGAGCGUUCUAUGGGAAGGGAGCAAAUGGGGGCAUAAUGUCUAUAUUUCUUAUGGGCUGUUACGACCCUGAGACCCGGAAGUGGUGCACAGUGACAAAGUGCUCCAGUGGUUAUGAUGAUGCUACACUUGCACGUUUACAAAAUGAGCUGGACAUGGUGAAGAUCAGUAAGGAUCCAUCAAAAAUCCCUUCAUGGUUGAAAAUCAACAAAAACUAUUACCCAGACUUCCUUGUAAGAGAUCCCGAGAAUGCGCCUAUUUGGGAGAUUACUGGAGCAGAGUUUUCCAAAGCAGAGGCCCACACAGCUGGAGGGAUUUCGAUUCGCUUCCCACGUUGCACCCGCUUCCGUGAUGACAAGGACUGGAAGACAGCCACCACUCUACAGCAACUAAAGGAGCUUUACCGUGUUUCUAAAGAGAAAUCUGAUUUUACGAUCACUGCUGCAUCCUCUCAAGAUGAGGAAGGAUCAUCUGAGAAUGGCAGUCGUGACAAUGAAGGAAAUUCAAGACCACCAACUCCAAGCGGUUCUGUAAAAACUCCCAAGACGUCAACUGCAAAGUCGCCUGGAAAAGGCAAAAAGAAUGACCGUGGUAAAUCACCACAACCUAAGAAAAAAGAACUGCUGCCUAAAGCAGAGAAGAGGAAAACUGUAUUGCCUGUAUUAGUGGAGAGUAAGAAGGCAAAAAUGUCAACUGUUGGCCCCAGCAACGGGCACAAUGUGGCACCGUCUCCAUCCACCCCCAAGACUCUUCUGGAUAUAUUCACUGGGGUAAAGCUUUAUCUUCCUUCUACACUUGAGGAUUUUGCAAAACUACGACGUUACUUUGUUGCCUACGAUGGUGAUCUUGUCCCAGAAUUUGAUGUCCCUUCUGCUACACAUGUGAUGGGUGAUGCUCCUGACUGUGAUGAAGUUGCAAAACACGUAACCCCACGCUGGAUAUGGGAGUGCAUCAGGCGCCGGAAGCUAGUGCCACCUUGCUAAUGAUGAUAGCAAUGUUCUAACAAAACAGCUGAUAUCAGCUUGUUUACACUGUAAUGUUUACAGAACUGGUUAAAGCAGUACUUGAUAAUAGCUGAUCAAGACUUAAAAUGUUUCAGGUGUAUGGGAUGCGCUAGCCAGUAUCCCGAGUAGUCCUAUGUUGUCUUCUAAUGAUGGUUUCAUUACAGUUGUGUAACUGCAGUUACUGGCUGUGCCCAGGUCUGAACCUACUACUGACACUUCCCACUCACUCCUACCCAAGCAGUUUUGGGUAAACAAUCGGGCAAUAGGUCAUCUUUUUGAAGGACUGUUCUGCAGCUUUGUAAAUCUGUGAUCAAUUUUUUCCAAGUGGAACAAAUUGAAUCUUGGUUUGAAAGAAAAAAAAGUUUUUUUUAUUUUUUUUUUGUUUUGUUUUUUUGUUUUUGGGUGAGGGUGGGAGGUUGUAAAUAUAUGUAUGUGAACUCUUGCUUUUACUUAAUUUUGAUGUACUUUGUUAUUUUCAGACUUGAACACAAAAACUGCUGAAUGAACUUAUCACACCUCUCUACUUUUAAUUGAGAUUUCACACUUUUACAAAUGUGAUAAUAGGACCAAUAAGGGUAAUUUCAGCCGUUAACACAAUUGUGUUUUUAAACCAUCUUCAUGUAUGUUAAUACAAUAGAUUGUAUUGGCAGAAGCAUAGCGCAGCAAGUUUGGGAUCUGGAUGCAGAUUGACCGUGUACUGGUCAACAGGUACGAAAGGGCAACACGUUUUUGGGGGGUAUUCACAUGUUUUUUUUUCAACAUGUGCUCGAUUAACUAUUGACGUGAACAUCGAUUGGGAAUAGUGACGUUAGGCGAGUCCACGAGGGUAUAGGUUUGUACAGAUGGUGGUCAUACAUUAUGGAAUAUACAAGUUUGACCCCAAAAAACGGGAAAAAUUAAUGUCUAUGUUAAAAUUGUGGAUCUUCUAUAUAACACACAGUAAGUGCAUAGAAAGUGUUAGACAGUGUCCGUUUUAAUGAAUAUUUACCCAUUUAGUUGGAAGGAACCCUUCAUUUAUCUGCGUUUUACGGAAGCCAGCUACUUCAAAAUAUUAUAAAAGCCGUGUGGACUAUUCUUUCUAAACCAGUCCAGUUUUCUCAAGCAGUUUUAGAGCAGAGAUGCAGUUUCUUCUCCUUUUUUAAUGUGCCAUUUUUACUAGCUAUAUUGGUGACUCCUGCAGAGUGCUGUGCUAUACAGAGCAUGUAAAAUAUCUAUAUAGAUGUAUUAAAAAUGUGAAUAAGUUUGA